CUUGUCAUUCACACACCCAGUGUCCUGGGUCCGACUCCUCCACGAGACUCCGGAUCUCUUGACUGUCGUAAGCAGCGGUCACCCGUGCAGCAACACGCCUGGACCGUUGUUGGGAAAGAACCUGCUCACUCUACACAUGCGCAUUCAGGAUCGGCGUGUGGAAACCACGUCGUGGCGCUGCAGCAACACAGACGAGGCAAUAAUCUGAAGGACACGCCUGCGCGCGCGCGUGUCAGAGGGAGACCGCACACUGCGGAAGUCAGACACCUGUGCUGCACCUGCAGACGCGCGUGACGUCACCACUGUUCUCUUCCGGGUUCUUUGGCAAGAUGACGAGUUGUCCGUGACUCGGGUGUUUACUGACCGACCAGCCAACGGAACCAUGUCUGUCAACGAACUCUACACGAAGUUGACGCGGGUCUGGAUCCCGGACCCGGACGAAGUGUGGAGGGCCGCUGAGAUCACCCAGGACUACAAAGAGGGCGAGCCGCUGAUGCACCUGAAGCUAGAGGAUGAGACGCCGCUGGAGUACGCUGUGGAUGGCAAGAGCCACCCGCUUCCCUUCCUGCGGAACCCAGAUAUCUUGGUGGGAGAGAACGACCUGACGGCGCUCAGCUACCUGCAUGAACCUGCCGUGCUGCACAACCUGCGGGUUCGAUUCCUGGAGUCCAACCACAUCUAUACCUACUGUGGGAUUGUCCUGGUGGCCAUCAACCCAUACGAGCAGUUGCAGAUCUAUGGCGAGGAGGUGAUCAACGCCUACAGCGGGCAGAACAUGGGAGACAUGGACCCGCACAUUUUCGCUGUCGCUGAGGAAGCGUUCAAGCAGAUGGCAAGGGACGAGAGGAACCAGUCCAUCAUUGUCAGUGGUGAGUCCGGCGCCGGGAAAACCGUUUCCGCCAAGUACGCCAUGAGGUUCUUUGCCACCGUGGGCGGCUCGACCAACGACACCAAUGUGGAGGAGAAGGUCCUGGCAUCCAGCCCGAUCAUGGAGGCCAUUGGGAAUGCCAAAACCACCCGGAACGACAACAGCAGCCGCUUCGGAAAAUACAUCCAGAUCGGAUUCAGCCGGCACUUCCACAUCAUCGGUGCCAACAUGCGCACCUAUCUGCUGGAGAAGUCGCGUGUGGUCUUUCAGGCAGAAGAUGAGAGGAACUACCACAUCUUCUACCAGCUCUGCGCUUCGUCCUCCUUACCUGAGUUCAGUGACCUGGCACUCGGCAGUGCAGAGGACUUUGUCUACACCAGCAUGGGUGAGAACAUCUUCAUCGAUGGUGUGAGUGACGCGGACGACCUCGUCAAGACGUGCAACGCCUUCACACUGCUUGGGAUCAAGGAGAGCAGUCAGAACAACAUAUUUAAAAUCCUGGCCUCAAUUCUGCACCUGGGGAAUGUGGAGAUCGUGUCAGAGCGUGAUGGCGAGUCCUGCCACAUUUCGAGGGACGAUCUUCACCUGCAGCACUUCUGUCGGCUGCUGGGCGUGGAGCUGCCACAGAUGGAGCACUGGCUCUGUCACAGGAAGUUGAUAACGGCGACAGAGACUUACGUGAAAACCAUGACCAGCCGCCAGGCUGCCAAUGCUCGCGACGCACUCGCCAAACACAUCUACGCUCACCUCUUCGACUGGAUCGUGGAGCAGAUCAACCUCUCGCUCAAGACCUCCUCCAAACAGCACUCCUUCAUCGGGGUGCUGGACAUCUAUGGGUUUGAGACCUUUGAGGUGAACAGCUUUGAGCAGUUCUGCAUCAACUAUGCCAACGAGAAGCUCCAACAGCAGUUCAACUCUCAUGUGUUCAAGCUGGAGCAGGACGAGUACAUGAAGGAGCAGAUCCCCUGGACUCUCAUCGACUUCUACGACAACCAGCCGUGUAUCGACCUGAUUGAGGCCCGGCUCGGUGUUCUGGACCUGCUGGAUGAAGAGUGCAAGGUACCAAAGGGAACGGACCAGAACUGGGCCCAGAAGCUGUACCAGAAGCACUCGGGCAGCGCUCACUUCCAGAAACCCAGAAUGUCCAACACUUCCUUCAUCAUUGCACACUUCGCUGACAAGGUGGAGUAUCAGUGCGACGGUUUCCUGGAGAAGAACCGGGACACGGUGUAUGACGAGCAGGUCAACAUCCUGAAGGCCAGUCAGUUCAAGCUGGUGGCCGAUCUGUUCCUGGACAAAGACGAUGUGGUGUCGUCCAAGUCGGCCAGAGUCAACGUGCGAGCAGCCAAGUCGGCGCCCAAGGCCCCAAACAAGGAGCACAGGAAGAGUGUGGGACUGCAGUUCCGCAGUUCUCUUCACCUCCUGAUGGAGACGCUCAACGCCACCACACCACACUACGUCCGCUGCAUCAAACCCAACGACCUGAAGGAGCCAUUCUCUUUCGACCCGGGUCGUGCAGUACAGCAGUUAAGGGCCUGUGGUGUCCUGGAGACGAUCCGGAUCAGUGCAGCGGGUUAUCCAUCCAGGUGGACCUAUCCCGACUUCUUCAGUCGGUACAGAGUGUUGAUGAAGAAGAGCGAUGUGACAUCCUCAGACAAGAAGCUCGUCUGCCGGAACCUUCUGGAGAAGCUGAUCCAGGACCCGGACAUGUUCCAGUUUGGCCGGACCAAGAUCUUCUUCAGGGCGGGGCAGGUGGCGUACCUAGAAAAGCUCCGAGCCGACAAGUUCCGCUCGGCCUGCAUUCUGAUCCAGAAGAUGGUGCGCGGCUGGCUGCAGAGAGUGCGCUACCAGAAGAUCUACAAGUGUGCAGUGUUGCUGCAGAGAUACGGGCGCGGCUACCUGGCACGCAGGUACGCCGACUACCUCCGCCUGACUCGAGCGGCUCUCGUCUGUCAGAAACAGUUCCGCAUGGUGAGAGACAGACGAGCUUUCCUGAGGGUGAGACGGGCAGCAGUCACCAUCCAGGCGUACACACGAGGGAUGUACACACGGCGCAUCUACCAGGAGUUCCGAUUGCAUCACAAGGCCCUGAUCAUCCAGAGGAACGUGCGCGGCUGGCUCCAGAGAAGGCGCUUCCUGCGAGCUCGCGCCGCUGCCGUGGUGAUCCAGUGUUCCUUCAGACGGCUGCUGGCACGCCGACAGCUGAAGGCACUGAAGAUCGAGGCCCGCUCGGCCCAGCACCUGAAGAAGCUCAACACUGGCAUGGAGAACAAGAUCGUGCAGCUGCAGCGCAAGAUGGACGACCAGUCCAAGGAGCUGCGGGCCCAGAACGAGCAGCUGCAGCAGGUCAACGUGACCCUCGGCUCAGAAGUUCAGAGUCUGCAGAAGAAGCUGCAGGAGGCCCAGAGUCGUCAGAGCGGAGGUGACCAGUUGGGGGAGCUGCAGGCCAACCUUGACAAGCUGCACGGGGAGAUGGAGGAGGCUCAGAACCAAAAGAACAUGAUGCAGGACCAGCACAAUAUCGAGAAGAUGGACCUGCUGCAGAGGGUGGAGGAGCUGGAGGCGGAAAACGCCUUGCUCAAGAGUGAGAAGGAAGAACUGAACCAGAGGAUUAUGAACCAAUCACAGAGCAGCAGUGACAGUGGAGCCACUCUGCAACUGCAGCUCGACGAGGAGCGAAAACUUUAUCAGAAUCUUUUAAAAGAAUUUUCGAGGCUGGAACAGAGAUAUGACAACCUUAAGGAGGAAGUGUCGCUGAACAAGUUCCAGCCAGGUCACAGGAGAACCUUGUCCAACCUCAGCAGUCCGGAUUCCGACUCCAACUACCCGUCCGUGUCCACCUCUGAGGUGGGUGACACUGAGGACUCGCUGCAGCAGGUCCAGGACAUGGGCGUGGAGGCGGCAGCGUUGGACAUCAGUGUGUUCAUGAAGCUGCAGAAGAGAGUGCGGGAGCUGGAGCAGGAGCGCCGGCGCCUGCAGACCAAUCUUGAUCAGAAGGAGGCGCUGACACGCCGCAAUUCUGAGAUUAAACACUCAGAACAAGAAGCUGCCGAUCUGGCCUACAACACACUUAAGACGAAGGAGCUGGAGUCAGAGAACAGCAAGCUGAAGAACGAGCUGAGCGAGCUGCGGCGCAGCGUGGCUGAGCAAGCGGUCCAGAGUGGAGCAGGGCCACAGCAGCAGGAGAGCUACUCCGUCCUGCUGAAUCAGCUCAAGUCUGCCAACGAGGAGCUGGAUGCACGCAAGGAGGAGGUGCUCAUGCUCAAGACGCAGAUCGUGGCAGCGACCCAACAGCUCGACAACCACAUGGAGAAACUCCCAGAGGACAAGGAUGAGGCCAUCGAGUCUCUGACUGAGGCUAAGAGAGGUCUGAACUGGUCCGACGGGUCCAGUUGUUCUGACCCUGGUGUGGAAGAGGACCGGGAGCUGGUUCUCGCGUAUGAAGGUCUAAAACAAGUCGCCAGGCUUUUGGAGUCGCAGCUCCAGUCUCAGUCGCGCUGCCAUGCCGACGAGUUAGAGGCACUGCAGUCGCAGAUCGAGUGUCUCCGUGACGACGUGGAGAAGAAGCAGCAGCUGCUGAGCUUCACCUCGUCGCUGUCGCCCCAGGCUCAGGUAGAGUUUGGGGUGACGCAGGAGAUCAGCCGACUGACCAACGACAACUUGGACCUCAAGGAGCAGCUGGAGAAACUGGACAAGAACGAGAGGAAGCUGAAGAAGCAACUGAGGAUCUACAUGAAGAGAGUGCAGGAGCUGGAGGUUUCUCAAAGCAACAGGGCCAAGCCAGAACUGGGCCGACAGGUGACGGUGCAGAGGAAGGAGAAGGACUUUGACGGCAUGCUGGAGUUCAGCCGUGAGGACGAGACGCAGCUUGUCAAGACCCUGGUGACAGACGUGAGGCCAGAGGACGUGGCGGCAACGGUGCCCUGCCUGCCAGCGUACAUCCUCUUCAUGUGUGUCCGUCACGCCGAUUACAUCAACGACGACCAGAAGGUGGAGUCUCUACUGACCUCCACCAUCAACGCCAUCAAGAAGGUUCUGAAGAAAAACAACGAAGACUUUGAGAUGACAUCGUUCUGGCUUGCUAACACCAGCCGCAUCCUCCACUGCCUGAAGCAGUACAGUGGCGAGGAGGCCUACAUGACCCAGAACACGGCCAAACAGAAUGAGCACUGCCUGAAGAACUUUGACUUGGCCGAGUACCGGCAGGUUCUGAGCGACCUGUCCAUCCAGAUCUACCAGCAGCUGGUGCGUGUGGCCGAGGCUGCCAUCCAGCCCAUGAUUGUGUCCGCCAUGCUGGAGAGCGAGAGCAUCCCCAGUCUGGCCGGAGUGAAGCCCAUGGGCUACCGGAACCGCUCGUCCAGCAUGGACAUGGACGCUGGCGGACCCACGAGCUACACGCUGCAGGAGCUGAUUCGCCAGUUGGCGCACUUCCACGGGCUGAUGCGGGACCACGGGCUGGACCCUGAGAUCAUCGAGCAGGUGGUGCGCCAACUAUUCCACUGCAUCAACGCCGUCACGCUCAACAACCUGCUGCUGCGCAAAGACGUGUGCAGCUGGAGCACAGGCAUGCAGCUGCGCUACAACACCAGUCAGCUGGAGGAGUGGCUCCGAGGGAAUAACCUGUACCAGAACCGGACCACCGCCGUGCUGGACCCAGUCAUCCAGGCCGCACAGCUGCUGCAGGUGAAGAAGAAGAGCAGUCAGGACGCCGAGGCCAUCUGCUCGCUGUGCACUGCGCUCACCACCCAGCAGAUCGUCAAGAUUUUGAACCUGUACACGCCGCUCAACGAGUUUGAGGAGCGAGUGACCGUGUCGUUCAUCCGGAACAUUCAGAACCGCCUGCAGGACAGGAACGACCCUCCACAGCUGCUUCUGGACACCAAACAAACCUUCCCGGUGGUCUUCCCUUUCACCCCAUCCAACCUGAGCCUGGAGACGCUUCACAUCCCGGCCUCACUCAACCUGCACUUCCUCUUCCGAGCCUGACCUUCUGUCCAGGUGCUUGACUGACAGCUCAGCAAGAGGCAGACGUCUGGUGAAGCAACUGACAAGUGCCUGUCUCCAUGAUGAUGUCACUGCUUUUAUAACGUCGUUUUACAGUUUGAAUAA